UAUAACGUUAGCAUUCGAUAGCGCAAUCGCAAAAGCAUUGCCGCACGGUCUAAGUUGAGUAAAACUGCGAGUCUGCCGCAUUUGGUGAUUGAAAAGCUGGAGGAUGCCUCUUGCUUCUGAAGAUGCUCGCAAGAGGUUUCUCCUAAACACAACUGGAAAUUUCUUUGCAGUAAAGCCUGCAUCCACCCUGAAUGAUGAAGCAGAGCUGAACAACUUUUUGGAUGAUGAGAAUGAAUUUGUCUUGUCUAUCAGACGACGUGGAAAUGAUCUUCAGCUGUCAAAUAAGAUCGAGGCUCUUGGGGAAAGCAGAGAGAAUGUUCUGGUGUUCUUCAAGCUGCGUCCCACAGUGAUCACAGAGGAGAACCUUCAUCAGAACCUCCUGAUUUCUUCCAUGCUGGAGUCUCCCAUCAACACUCUCUAUCAAGCUGUCAAGCAAGUUUUUGCUCCUGUGCUGCUAAAGGAUGAGCGCUGGCGUUCAGCGUUUGACCCGAAGUUGGCAGGCCUGCUUAGUGAACUGGAGCUGGGCCUGGGCUCAGUGGUUCGCAGCUCUGGAGCAAAGUCGUCCGUGAAAGAGGGCUUUAUGGAGGAAGAGGUUCUGGGAAUUCUGACCCCCACUGAUGAGUUCCAGUUCUGGAGGGAAGUUUUAGAGUCUGCACAGAAGAACAGCGUGAGAGAAAGAGCCACAUAUUUCACUGAGCAGUUCAAAACCAUACAAAAGGAGUAUGAGGGUCUCGAUGCCUUGUCUCUGUCAGAUGUUGUGGAGCUGGUGGAACAGAGUAGAGAAACUCUGGACGAUGUCUGGAGGCAGACAGAGUUCCAGCCUUACCCAGAAGCUCGCAUGGUCCGACUCAUGGAUGUCAUUGGUGGCGCCCUGGGAAGAUACGUUCAGCGGAAACUGAGUGACUCCAAGGUUUUUGAGGAGCCGUUUGCUUCAGUGAGAGACAACCUCAGGAUGGCAAUCUCCAUCUGUGAGCAUUGGGUGACAGGAUGCGAGUUUUUGACCGGACAGGCGUGGAAAAAAUACUCUCCUCAUCCAUGGAAGGGAAGCAAGCACUGCCCACAGAGCCUUGACUGCCUCCUGAAAAGACUCAAUGAGGUGGUGACUCUGCGCGUUGUUCAUGAAAAACUUUUGUGUUUAGUGCCAGGAGGGAAACAGCAAGCUCUCACCUCAGAUCGUGUUUUUGAACCUUUUAUCGGACUCAACCCUUUGCAUUACAAUCCGUACACUGAGCCUCUGUGGAAAGCAGCAGUGGCUCAGUUUGAGCGGCUGAUAACUCCGUCAGAGCAGGAGGUUGCUGGGAGACUAAAGGCCUACAUUGCUGACGUGCAGGACAACCCACAGCAGCUGUUACAGGUGUUCCAGAAACACAAGGAGUUGAUCAGACGACCAACUAUUAACAAAGAACUGCAGACGGAAAGAGAGAUGCUUCUAGCCAGACUCCUGGACUACAACAAGGGCUUGAAGAGUAACUUUGAGAAUUGUUGCCAUGGUGGUCCUGGCGACAAGUCUGGCCCCCUCAGUGGCAGGAACCUCCCUGAAGUUGUGAACAAAGUAGUUUGGGUGCGGCAGCUCACACACAAGGUGGAGGAUUCUGUCCGCAUAGCAAAGGCUCUGCUCUCGGAUCUGUCUGGAUUUAAGACUUUUGUGCAUUUCUGUGAUGACCUGUCGGAAGUCCUGAAGGCAUACGAACAGGAGCAGUUUGAGGACUGGUCAAGAGAUAUUCUCUCUGGACUGGCUGAUCCAAAGUCUGGAAUCAGUCUUCAGGCCAGCAGCCGUGUGAUGGACCUGGACCACGCAGAUGGUCGGUUGAAGAUCCACUACUCGGACAGGCUGGUCAGUCUGCUCAGGGAGGUCAGGCAGCUUUCCGCUUUAGGCUUUCCCGUCCCAGCAAAGAUCCAACAGGCGGCUAAUACAGCUGACAAGUUCUACAGAGAAGCCAUUAUUCUAAAACAGGUGGCCAAUUUCUACAACACCAUUGACCAACAGAUGAUUCCUUCUCAGAGACCCAUGAUGCUCAGUCUUGCUCUCGCUUUUGAACGGGUCAUCAAGAACCCUCGAUCCCUGUCAAAGGAAUCAGGCGGUAAACUGCAGAUCACCUGGGAUAACCCCAAAGAGUUAGAGGGUUACAUCGCCAAGCUGCAGUCAGCUGCGGAGAAACUGUCCACUGAAAACAGGAAGUUACGAAAAUGGCACACCGACUUCAUCGACAAGGUUGUUAGUCUGAUGAAUGUUGAUCUUCUGAGGCAUCAGCAGCGGUGGAAGGAUGGCCUUCAGGAGCUACGCACAGGCUUUGCCACUCUUGAAGCUCAGGGUUUCAGGUCGGAUGACAUGCGGGCGUGGCGUCUGCACUGGAACCAUCAGCUGUACAAGGCUCUGGAACACCAGUACCAGACUGGAUUGGAAGCCCUGAACAAAAACUUGCCUGAAAUACAAAUCGACCUCAUUUUCAAGCAGGGUCGUUUACAGUUCCGUCCACCUUUCGAGGAGGUCCGAGUGCGCUACUUUAGAGAAAUGAAGCGUUUCAUCUCAAUCCCCAACCAGUUCAAAGGCGUCAGUGUCCAGGGGGAGGAGCUUAUCUUCACCAUAAUGAUCGACAAAAAUGCCUCAGGGUUCCUCACCAUUUUCAGCAAAGCCGAGGACCUCUUUAGCCGACUGCAGGCCAUACACCACAAGUUCAAGGAGUGGGUGGUGCUGGGCCAGGUGGAUUUAGAGAAGUUGGUGGAGAAGAAUCUGACGUCAGUUCAGGACUGGGAGAGAAAUUUCAAAGCCCUAAAAGCCAGAGGGAAAGAGUCAGAACGCCUGCCCAGCCAGGAGAAGGUCGACUGCAUUACAGUCAAUUGUGAGCCAGUCAAAAGCACAAUUGAUGAUUUGAUCCAAAGGCUGUUCGACAUGCUGCUCCUGUCACUCAGGAAGUCUAUACAGGGUCACUUGCAAGCCAUAGACAGUUUUGUGUCUGAAUCUAUGGAGGCCUUGUCCACUCGUCCAGACAACCUGGAGGAGAUCGGAGCAGCCAAUAGCAAAUAUAACCAGAUACUCUCUCGCAAGCCUGAAAUGCUGCCGCAGUUCCAGUGUGCUGAAGAGAAGAACCGCCUGCUCCGUGCUGUGGCGGGGGCGGGUUUUGACUCCCUGUCCUCAUUGAGGUCCAAGUGGGACAAACUGGAGCUGGUCAUGGAGAGCCACCAGCUGAUGAUUAAAGAACAGGUGGAGGUCAUGCGGAGUCAUGCAGCAGGACGGAUCAGCACCUACAGGGCAGAUCUAGAGCGUUUUCAACUUCGCUGGGAUCAGCUUAAACCCAAAGAUGAGAACCUUGAGGGAGGGGAUCAUGCUGCCCUGCUGGCAUGUCUUCAAACCAUCAGGGACAAACAGCAGGAGUUCCAGGAGCUGGAGCUUGUGCGCAGCAAACUGCUUGAGGACUGCACAUACUUUGAUCUCGACCCUCCAGACUUCUCCAUGGCGGAAGAGAUAAAGGUGGACAUGGAGGAGCUGAGUCAAACGUGGAGUUUGUAUGAGGAGUGGCAGCAGGGCUUCACUGAUAAGGCCCAUGAGGACUGGAUCACAUUCAGGAGUAAGACUUACGUUUUUGAAGAGUUUCUGCUGACAUGGCAGGACAGAUUAAGGAAACUAAAGCAACCGACUUCCAUGUCUGUUAAACUUCAAGGAGAAGUGGAUAAAUAUAAGAACAUGGUGCCCGUGCUGAAGUAUGUGCGUGGGGAGCACCUGUCUCAAGACCAUUGGUUGGACAUGUUUCGCAUGCUGGGUCUCCCACGGGGGACAACCUUAGAGAGGCUUACGUUCAGCGACCUCCUUGCAGUGGCAGAUACAAUUGUAGAGAAGGCAAAGGAACUCAAGGACCUGAAUAGCCGCGCUCAGGCGGAAGUGACAAUCAGAGAAGCCCUUCGGGAGCUGGAUUUGUGGGGAGCUGCAGCCUCCUUCACCCUCACUGAGUACACAGACAGCAGCGGGCGUACGAUUAGCCUCAUCAAAGACUGGAGGGAUGUAGUCAGCCAGGUUGGAGAUAACCGCUGCUUGCUGCAGUCUCUCAAGGACUCGCCUUAUUACCGCAGCUUCCAGGACAAGGUCAGUCUUUGGGAGGUCCGCCUGUCAGACCUAGACGAGUAUUUGCUUAACCUGAAUGCCAUCCAGAGGCGCUGGGUUUACCUGGAGCCCAUCUUUGGACGAGGAGCUUUGCCUCGGGAGGAGGCCCGCUUCAAACGGGUUGAUGAAGACUUCAGGUCUAUAAUGUCUGAUAUCCAGAGAGACACGCGAGUGGUUUCCCUUAGCUCCAGAGCUGGCAUCAAAAGCUCCCUUGUGGCCAUACUGGAUCAGCUGCAGCGCUGCCAAAAGUCCCUCAAUGAGUUCUUAGAGGAGAAACGAUCUGCAUUCCCACGUUUCUAUUUCAUUGGAGACGAUGAUCUUCUGGAGAUUCUGGGACAGGCAACCAACCCAAGUGUCAUCCAGUCACAUCUGAAGAAACUCUUUGCCGGUAUCCAUAGUGUUGUGUUUGAUGAACAAUGCCAGCACAUUGUGGCCAUGUGUUCUCUGGAAGGAGAAGUGGUACCGCUCAGAACUGCUGUCCGCAUCUCCAGCCUUGUUGAGGUGUGGUUAGGAGAGCUGUCUGUGCAAAUGAAGGAGACCCUGAAACAUCUGCUGUAUGAGUGUCUGAUGGCGGUGAAAAAAGGAAACGUCGACCCCUUGCGCUAUCCGUCUCAGAUUUUGUGUUUAGCUGAGCAGAUCCAGUUCACUGAAGAUGUGGAGAAAGCUUUAAAACAACAACAUCUGCAUCAGCUGGAACUUGAGCUUAACAGUAAAUUGGAGCACUACACCCGAGUGGACACCAACUCUGAUGAUUCUCCUAACACAGAGUCCGUCAUCUUACAGCUGAAGCUGAAGGCUUUGAUCCUGGACAUUAUCCACAACAUCAGCAUGGUGAAGCAGCUCAACCAGGCAGGCGUUACCAGCACUGACGACUGGGCCUGGAAGAAACAGCUACGCUUCUAUAUGGGACCAGACAAAUUCUGCCACAUUCAAAUGGUGGAUGCACAGUUCAGCUAUACUUAUGAGUAUCAGGGAAAUGCAGCUAAGCUGGUGCACACACCGCUGACGGAUAAAUGCUACCUGACUUUAACCCAGGCCAUGAAGAUGGGGCUUGGUGGGAACCCCUAUGGGCCUGCUGGCACCGGCAAGACCGAGUCUGUCAAAGCCUUAGGGGGGCUCUUUGGACGCCAGGUUUUGGUUUUCAACUGUGAUGAGGGCAUAGAUGUGAAGUCUAUGGGACGAAUAUUUGUGGGCUUGGUGAAGUGUGGAGCUUGGGGCUGCUUUGACGAGUUCAACCGUUUAGAGGAAGCCGUCCUCUCAGCAGUUUCUAUGCAGAUUCAGGCCAUCCAGGACUCCCUCAAACAUCACAAAAACAUAUGUGAACUACUGGGAAAGGAGGUGAGCCUGGACCCAAAUUCCGGUGUAUUCAUCACUAUGAACCCUGCAGGCAAAGGCUACGGGGGCAGGCAGAAACUUCCAGACAACCUGAAGCAGUUGUUCAGGCCCGUAGCCAUGAGCAAACCAGACAAUGAGCUUAUUGCUGAAGUCAUUCUUUACUCAGAGGGGUUCAAAAAUGGAGAGAUGCUGGGGGGCAAACUGGUUGCUGUCUUUAAUCUUGCCAGAGAGUUGUUGACGCCUCAGCAGCACUAUGACUGGGGCUUGCGUGCUCUGAAGACGGUUCUGAAGGCCUGUGGAAGUCUCCUGCAGCAACAAAGGAGGCGUCCCGACAAGGAAAAGGAAAUUCAGGAGAGCAGCCUGGUGGUGCAAGCACUGAGGCUCAAUACCAUGUCCAAGCUGACGUUUGCGGACAGCUCUCGUUUUGAUGCGCUGGUCAAAGAUGUCUUCACUGGAGUUGAUUUCACUGAUGUGGAGGACCAGAUUCUGAUCCAUGCACUAGAGCAGGUUUACCAAGAGGCUCAACUGGAACUGAUACCCGGCCAGCUAAAAAAGGCAUUGGAGCUCAAUGAACAGCUGAGGCAACGCAUGGGUGUGGUCAUUGUUGGGCCAAGCGGAGCAGGCAAGUCUACUCUCUGGAGGAUGCUCCGAGCUGCUCUGAGCAUGACAGGGAAAGUGGUGAAGCAGUACACUAUGAACCCUAAAGCCAUGCCCAGGCAGCAGCUAUUGGGACAUAUAGACAUGGACACUAGGGAGUGGGCUGAUGGUGUUCUGACACACAGUGCCAGGUGUGUGGUCAGAGAGCCACAGGAGGUGAACUCCUGGAUAGUGUGUGAUGGGGACAUUGAUCCAGAGUGGAUUGAAAGUCUUAACUCAGUCCUGGAUGAUAAUCGGUUGUUAACCAUGCCCAGUGGAGAGCGGAUCCAGUUUGGACCCAACGUUAACUUCCUGUUUGAAACCCACGACCUCAGCUGUGCCUCACCAGCCACCAUUUCCCGCAUGGGGAUGAUUUUCCUCAGUGAUGAAGACAUAGACGUGGGUGCAUUAAUGAAGUCGUGGUUGAGGGGCCAGUCAGACGAGUGCCGCAGUCAACUAGAAAACUGGCUAGGAGACUACUUCCAAAGAGCACUGGACUGGGUCUUCAAGCAGAAUGACUUUGUGGUGGAAACUAGUCUAGUGGGUACAGUUUUCAACGCUCUGUCACACCUCAGUGCCGUGAAUGAGAGAGGAGAGUUCCUCGUAGGUUUGCUGAGAGGCUUGGGAGGAAACCUCAAUCUUAAAACACGACAGGAGUUUGCUAAAGAGUUGCUAAGUUGGGCCAGAGAACCCCCCCCAGAUGCCAGAAAACCCCUCGACACCUACUAUGAUAAUAAAAGCGACCAUCUAGCAGCUUACACCUUCCAACACCCUGAGAGUCUCACGCUGGAGCAGUUCUCUCAUGCUCACAUGCUGCCUGUAAUAAAGACUACAGGGAUGCAGAGAGGUCUGCAUGGCUUUUUCCCAUGGCUCACAGCUUCACACAGGCAGCCCUUCAUGGUGGUAGGCCCUGAAGGCUGUGGAAAAGGGAUGCUUCUGCGCUACGCUUUCUCUCAGCUACGCUCCACUCAGGUGGCUGUGGUUCACUGCAGCGCCCAGACUUCAUCUCGUCACGUCCUGCAAAAGCUCAGCCAGACAUGUCUGCUGCUAAGCUCAAACACUGGCCGAGUCUUCAGACCCAAAGACUGUGAGAACCUUGUUCUUUACUUAAAAGACAUAAACCUACCUAAACCAGACAAAUGGGGGACGAGCAACCUCACUGCCUUCCUUCAACAGGCUUUGACAUAUAAGGGAUUCUAUGAUGAAAAUCUAGAGUGGGUCAGUCUUGAGAACAUUCAGGUGGUGGCCUCCAUGUCAACAGGAGGUUCUGUCUGCAGCCAUUCACUCACCUCACGCUUCUGCUCCAUUGUGCGCAUCUGUGCUAUAGACUAUCCGGACAGAGAGCAGCUUCACUCCAUCUACUCAGCUUACUUGCAACCUGUUCUCCAGCAUAGCCUGGGCAGCCAAGCAGGCUGGGCCAGUACAGGGAGAACUCAUCAGCUAGCUGGUUCUAUGGUUCAGCUCUAUGAACAGGUGAAAGCUAAGUUUACAGUGGACGACCACAGUCACUAUCUUUUCACACCAUGUAUCCUGACCGAAUGGGUUCUCAGUCUGCUGCGAUAUGACCUUACUGCAGCUCAAUCUAAUCUGACACAAAGUGUGCUGGAGGUGAUCGCCUAUGAGGCCAGGAGGCUCUUCAGAGAUCGGCUCGUUUCCUCUAAAGACCUCCACACCUUCGACAACAUGCUGUCUUCGGUCAUACGUGGAGACUGGAGCUCUGAUGCUCUGGACAACAUGGCCGAUGGUUUCUAUGUGACGUGGGGAUGCUCUGAAGGGACUGUGAUGGCUCCUUGCCAGCCUCUCCCUCCUCAUGGAAAACAAUUAGGUCGUCUUGAUUCGUCUGAUCUCAGAGAAGUCAUACAGAAGGGGGUAAUGCUCUAUAACCGUGACAACAAGGAGCUGGACCUCCUCCUCUUCUGGGAAGUGUGUGACUUUGUGUCCCGGGUAGACCGGGUCCUGAGUCGACUCGGUGGUUCUCUUCUUCUGGCGGGGCGGAGCGGAGUGGGUCGGCACACAGCAGCGUGCCUGGUGUCUCACAUGCACGGAUAUGCAUUAUUCACACUCAAGAUUUGCCGCGGUUAUACACUGAAACAUUUCAGCAACGAUCUCAAGAUGGUGAUGCAACUAGCUGGACUUGAUGGCCAGCAGGUAGUUUUGCUGUUGGAGGAUUAUCAAUUUGUCCAUCCAUCUUUUCUGGAGAUAGUGAACAGCCUGCUGUCAUCAGGUGAAGUUCCAGGUCUUUACACUCCAGAGGAACUGGAGCCAUUGCUGUCCCCACUUAAAGACUCUGCCUCCCAGGACGGGUUCAGUGGACCUCUUUACAACUACUUCUCUCACAGAAUCCAGCAAAACCUCCACAUUGUUCUCAUUAUGGACUGCUCCAACUCCAACUUCACCAUAAACUGUGAGAGCAACCCAGCUUUUUACCGCAAAUGUUCUGUUCAGUGGAUGGAAGGAUGGUCUGAAAGCAGCAUGAAGAAGAUUCCUGAGCUGCUCCUCUCAAAAACAGAAGAUGGUGGCAUCAAUGUCAGAGAAAAAGCGACUGAUGGAAAAAGCUCAGGGUCUGAGCAUGGAGACCUGUGCCGUUUAUUCUUAAUGGUUCACGAAUCAUGUAAAGAACACGGAGCAACACCGAGCCAGUACAUGGCAUUUUUACACGUGUACACUUCUUUAUACAGCCGCAAGAAAAACCAGCUUACAACCAGACAGCAACAUUUACAGGCAGGUGUGUCUAAACUGAAUGAGGCCAAAGCGCUGGUUGAUGACUUGAAGAGGCGGGCUGCAGAGCAAAGUGCACUGCUGAAGACUAAACAACAGGAGGCAGAUGCUGCCCUGCAGGAAAUCACCACCUCCAUGCAGAAUGCAAGUGACCAGAAAACAGAGAUGGAAAAAAUCAAGGAGAAAAUGGCAGUAGAGGUGUCCAAGAUUGAAGAAAGGAAGGCCAAAAUAGAAGACGAGUUAAAAGAAGUUCAACCUUUGGUAGAUGAAGCAAAGCGAGCAGUUGGGAACAUCAAGCCUGAAGCUUUGUCUGAAAUCCGUUCCCUUCGCAUGCCCCCUGAUGUCAUUAGAGACAUCCUGGAGGGGGUGCUAAGACUGAUGGGCAUCUUUGACACUACCUGGGUCAGCAUGAAGAGCUUUCUGGCCAAGCGCGGCGUGAGAGAGGACAUCGCCACGUUUGAUGCCCGGAACAUCACUCCAGAGAUUCGCCAGAGUGUGGAAGAGCUGCUCAACAGGAACAAGGCCUCUUUUGACCCCAAGAAUGCAAAGCGUGCGAGCGCCGCAGCUGCUCCUCUGGCUGCCUGGGUCAAAGCCAACGUCCAGUACUCCUUUGUCCUCGAGAGAAUAGGACCACUGGAAAAAGAGCAAGCUGGACUUCUGGAAAAUCUUCGAAAAACAGAAAAUAGGAAGAAUAAACUCGAGGAUCAGCUGAACAAUGUUGGAGCCAAGGUGAACAAGCUGAAAGAGAAGUUUCAGCGUCACACUGCAGAGGCCGCUAAGCUGGAGGCCGAGGUGACGAAAGCCCAAGACACCAUCACCGCUGCCGAGCAGCUCAUAUCGCAACUGGUUGGAGAACACACACGCUGGAAUGCACAGAUGUCUGAGAUCAAGACUGAGUUGGACACACUUCCUUUCAGGACUUUACUGGCUUCUGGCUUCAUCACCUACCUUUCUGCUGCUUCUGAAGACAGGAGAAGACACUGCCUGGAGACGUGGAUGUCUCAGUCCGGGCUCCAGAAAUUUGACUUGCGCUCAUUCCUUUGCUCUGAGAGCGAACAGCUGAUCUGGAAAAGCCAGGGCCUGCCAUCAGAUGACCUGUCGAUGGAGAAUGCGUUGGUUAUACUGCAGAUUAAUGCGCUCACAGUGCAGAGCGUCGCCUGUCCGUUCCUGAUCGACCCAUCAUCCCGAGCGACAGAGUGGCUGCGGACACAUCUCAAGGAGCACAAACUGGAGGUUAUCAAUCAGCAGGAUAAUAACUUCAUGACAUCCCUGGAGCUCGCUGUUCGAUUUGGAAAAACCCUUAUCAUCCAGGAGGUGGAUGGUGUGGAACCUGUGCUUUACCCACUGCUGAGAAGAGACUUCAUAGCACAAGGCCCGAGAUACGUGGUUCAAAUCGGAGACAAAGUUAUUGAUUACAACGAGGACUUCCGUCUGUUCCUGGCAACGCGAAACCCGAGUCUCUUCAUCCCUCCUGAUGCCGCCUCAGUGGUUACAGAGGUCAACUUCACCACCACCAGGGCAGGCUUGAAAGGACAGGAGCGGGAUGCUUACCUACCUCUUGCAGAGAGCGCAAGCAAGAUGUAUUUUGUCAUCACAGACUUGUCAAAGAUUAACAACAUGUACCGCUUCAGCCUGGCUUCUUUCCUGCGCCUCUUCCAAAGAGCUCUUCAGGCCAAAAAGGAAGAAGGAAACACCGAAGUGCGGAUUGCUGCUUUGCAGGCCAACCUGAAGAAUAUGGUGUAUGAAUACGUCUGCCGCUCACUUUUUAAGGCCGAUCAGUUGAUGUUCGCCAUGCACUUUGUGAAAGGGAUGCACCCUGAACUCUUCCUGGAGAACGAGUGGGAGGUGUUUGUUGGAUCUAUAGUGGGAGAGAUGUUUAAGAAAGAGGAUUUCCCUUCUUGGAUUGGUCAGGAGAGACAUGGAGCUGUGGCCGUUUUAAAAGCUACAUUCCCUGCUCUCUACCAAACCCUCUGUUUGAGUGACUCGGACCUUUGGCUGUCCUUCAUGCAAAGCUCACAGUGUGAACAGGAAAUCCCAUCAUCCAUUGCCAAAAAGAUGAGUCGUUUCCAGCAGGUUUUGAUGGUUCAAGCUGUCAGGCCGGACCGCCUGCAAAGCGCCAUGACUGCCUUUGCCUCCCACGCCCUCAGUAUGAAAGAGCUUUCACCGCCGCCUCUGAAUCUGCGCCGCCUCUAUGCUGAGACAAUGGAAUGGGAGCCAGUGUUAAUCAUCAUCUCUCCAGGAGCAGACCCAUCUCAGGAGCUUGCAGAACUAGCGGCAGAGACUGUUGGCAGGGACAGCUACCAUGAGAUAUCCAUGGGUCAGGGACAGGCCGAUGUUGCCUUAGGUACACUCAGAGAGUGUUCUCGAAAUGGAGACUGGCUUUGCCUGAAAAAUCUUCACCUCGUCACUGCCUGGCUGCCCCAUCUGGAAAAAGAGCUUAAUAUCCUUCGUCCUCAUGCGAAUUUCCGUCUCUGGCUGACAGCAGAGGUUCACCCCAAGUUUCCUCCCAUUUUGCUGCAGUCCAGCCUUAAGAUCACCUAUGAGGCUCCUCCAGGUUUGAAGAAGAAUCUUUUGAGAACAUACGAGUCCUGGACUCCGGAGCAGAUCAGUAAAGGUGGCAGCCUGGCCAGGGCGCAGUCACUUUUCUGCCUCGCAUGGUUCCACGCCGUCUGUCAGGAGAGAAGAAACUACAUCCCACAGGGCUGGACAAAGUUUCAUGAAUUUUCUUUGUCGGAUCUUCGUGCUGGCUUUGACAUCAUUGACAGACUGUUUGAAGCUGGUAAAACUGUCCAGUGGGACUUUGUCCACGGCCUGUUCGAGAGCGCCAUCUACGGCGGUCGCAUAGACAACCCAGCGGAUCUUCGCAUCCUGCGCUCCUACCUCAAACAGUUCUUCUCUGCACAGUUCCUGUCCUCAGUCGGACAGAGGAACAGCAGAGAGGAAGGGAACGUCUUUCCACCUCAGAUCGUCCUACCAAGCUCCUGCUCCAUUUUGGACUACCGCAGAGUGAUAGAGAACCUCCCAGAGGAUGACAGACCUGCAUUCUUUGGUCUUCCCGCCAACAUAGAGCGGUCCUCCCAGAGAAUCAUCAGCUCCCAGGUGAUUUCUCAGCUCCGAAUCGUCAGCCGUUUGGUGGCGACAGGUUCAAAGUUUGACAGGGAGCUCUGGUCCAGUAGUCUUUCACCCAUCCUUAACUUAUGGAAGAAACUCAACCAGGGAUCAAGUCUGAUUCAUCAGAAAGUGGAUCCACCUGUAGAAGGUCAAAGGUCUCCAAUCUUGUCUUUCAUUGUUCUGGAGCAGUUCAAUGCCAUUCGCAUGAUCCAGAGUAUUCAUCAAUCUUUGGCUGCUCUGAGCAAAGUCAUCAGAGGAACCCAGCUGCUGACCCCAGAGGUGCAGAAGCUGGCCACUGCCCUGCUGAACCAAGAGUGUCCCAUAACAUGGCAGAAUAAAUGGGAAGGACCUGAAGAGCCGAUGCAAUACCUCAGAGCUGUAGUAACUCGGGCUCUCGCCAUGCAGAGUUGGGUGGAACGUGCGAGCAGACAAGCUCUUCUUUCCAACAUCCUUGAUCUGUCAGAGCUCUUCCAUCCAGACACCUUCCUCAAUGCUCUGAGACAGGAAACAGCCAGAUCUUUGGGUUGCUCAAUGGAUAGCCUGGUAUUUGUGUCAUCUUGGAAGAGUCCGCUAGCCCAGGCCAAGCUGCAAAUACAGGUUGGAGGUCUACAAUUGGAGGGGUGUCGUUUUGAUGGCGUUCAUCUAAGCGAGAACCAACACCAUUCUCCCAGUGUGUCGGCAGUUCCAACGUGCUACAUGGCCUGGGUUCUGCAGAACGCCGCUGCAGACCAUCCUGCUUCAGAGGAAAAGAUCUGGCUGCCGCUGUACACCAGCUCAGAGAGAGUGAAGGUGGUCACACACAUCCCUCUGCCUUGUGGAGCAAACGCCAGCCACUGGAUUCAGACCGGAGCUGCUCUUUUUCUCAAACAGCAGUGAACAGAACCGACUUUAUAAGGACUCAUGUUUUGGUGUCGGGUCACAUUUGGUGUAAAGCUGCAAACCUCAGCAUUUUUUGUAGAUGUAUUCUGUUACUGAAGUGCUUUUUUUUCAAGCGUAUUUAUUACUUUAUUUUCCUAAGAAUUCUGUCAGCAGUAAGUGUUUAGUAAAGUACGACUUAUUUAAUGUAUCUUCACUUUGUGUUGUUUUGUCCUCGCGGAAUCAGUUUACCAAAAAAGUGUUUGCAUCGCCGUUGGUGUGAUCUUCCCUCAGUGUGCAGAAUUUUUAAUCUAGUGGAAAAACAACCAAAAACACGCACACAGACACACACACACAUACGGACAUGUUGGUCCCUGACUGCUGUGUGAUUGGCUCUGAGUCGAGGCUGAAUGGAGUCAGUGAAGCUGUGAUGGAUGGCCACAGAGCGCCAAAGAGGAGGGAGGGGGGGGAUUUUUUGAAGAAAAGGUGUUGAAGAAAAGGUUCCGAUUAAAUGAAGCCUUCUUUAUUCCUCUCUUAGUUUUUUAAUUGUGUUGAAUCGAUUGUGAAUAAAUUCAUGAAUGUGGAGUUUCGUGUUUGGGCAGACAGGAAGGAGUUGACAUGAGGGAGGAGUGGGUUGUGUGUGCGCGAGCACUGCGGUGUGACAAAGUGGGAGCGAAAUGGAACAGCAGGUUUAAAAAAAGUGAGAGGAUUGGAUUUCAGAGAAACGAGGCCCUGUGGGUCACGGAGGGGGAGAAAAAGACGGAGGGAUGAAGGCAGCCGAGAGAGACGGAUGAUGCAGGAAACCGUUGGAAAAGCUGCAAAAAAGUGAAAUGCAUGGCAGAGAAGCAGGAAAAAGGCUGGGGUCAGAAGUGACGGAAGGGCAAAGAGGGGGGGGGGAGGUCGAAGGGAAAGAUAGCUGGCAGGGGGCAGGUAGUGAGUGAUUCAUGUGAAAAUGAACAAAAGGUGGAAAAAAACAAAAGAGGCAGAUGGAAAGUUAAAUUCAAACUCUGACUUCACUCACAUUGCAGACCAGUAUCACAGCUAAUGUAUAAUAAUCCAACUUACAUUUUGUCAACCACACAAAGUAAAUAAAUACACAGAUGAAAACAUCAAGAACAGAAAAUAAAUGUAAAAAAAGCAAGUAACAAAAAAUAAUUCAUAAAUACAAACAAAAUGAUGUACGUUUGUAAGCAUGAAAAUAAGAAUGUAAGUACAUAUAUGUGUAAGUACUUAAGGAUCUAAGUAAAACAAGUAAGCUAGUAAAGAGAGCAAGCUAAGUAAGUGAAAUUAGUUAAAUAAGCACAUUAACUAAGUUAGUAAGUAACUUAAUUGGGUUCAUAAAGUAAGCUAGGAAGUUAAAGGAAGGAAAACAAAUUAAUACACAAAUAUUUUGCAAAAUCUUCCAAAGAGCAAUCAUUCUGUGCUUACAUUUUACUUUUGAACUAGAAAAUGAAACCUCAUUUUCAAAAGUCCCCCUGGCUCCAGACAUUUGGUUUCUAGAAUAGUGCAUUUAUUUGAUGACAGCACCAGGGGGAAAUCGACAUAAAUGAAAGAUGCUUGGAGUGAGGAGUUGGGCAUAGAAAUGUCAGAAUCAAUAUGGGAAAAGUGUUUAUCCAAGAUUCCCUCUUGCUCUGUUAACAGCAGACAUCAACUGAUACAAUUUCAAAUCAUCCAUCGGCUCCACUACUCCAAAGUACGAUUGCACAAAAUCUAUCCUUCAAUUACUCCCAUUUGUGAUAAAUGUCAAAUAUCUGAAGGCACAUUGGUGCAUGCUUUUUGGUCUUGUCCCUCAUUGGCUGGCUUUUGGAACAGAAUAUUUGACUCGUAUUCCAAAGCCUAUGGUUGCUUUAUUCCACCCGAUGCAGAACUUGCCAUUUUUGGCUGCAUACGUACCAGAACUAUCCCGAACUAUCCAGCAGCCACUAGAACUUGGGUUGAUGACUGCAAAAAGACAAAUUUUGUGAGAGUGGAAAUCUACGGCUUCUCCCUACUUUACAGUGUGGCUCACUGACAUGCUAUCUCUCAUUCACAUGGAAAAUAUUCUCCAUGUCAGGACUGCCUCAGUCAAUGUUAACAAUAAACUCUGGACACCAUUUCUAAAUCACUUUCAGAAAGUUAAAAUUAUUUAGCUCUAUAUUGAGACUGCAUUUUUCUUUCUUCUCUUUAUGUCCUAUUUGGACGGCCUGUUAAUAAAUAUUGAAUAUAAUGUAA